AUGUCCGUGUUCGGCGACGUUCCGCAGGCGCCUCCGGUGGCUGUCUUCAAGCUGACCGCUGACUUUCGCGAAGACAACCAUCCACACAAGGUGAACCUUGGAGUCGGAGCCUAUCGCACAGAUGACUGUCAACCGUGGGUUCUACCAGUUGUGAAGAAGGUGGAGCGUCUCAUAGUGGACGAUGACACCCUGAACCAUGAGUACUUGCCCAUCCUCGGACUGCCGGAGUUCCGCUCGGCCGCCUCCAAGGUCGCUCUAGGGGAGGACAGCCCCGCCAUCAAGGAAGGCAGGGUGGGUGGAGUGCAAGCUUUGGGCGGCACUGGCGCUCUGAGGAUCGGCGCCGAGUUCCUGCGACGUUGGUACAAUGGUGUCAACAACACAGCCACGCCUGUCUAUGUUUCUUCACCUACAUGGGAGAACCACAACGCUGUGUUUGCUGACGCCGGGUUCAAGGACGUCCGUCCGUACCACUACUGGGACGCCGCAAAGAGAGGCCUGGAUAUCACCGGCCUGGUGGAUGACCUGGAGAAAGCUCCAGAAGGUUCCAUCUUUGUGCUUCACGCAUGUGCUCACAACCCCACAGGCACCGAUCCCAAUCAGGACGAAUGGAAGCAGAUAGCAGAGAUCAUGAAGAGGAGGAAUCUUUUCGUGUUCUUUGACUCAGCCUACCAAGGCUUCGCUUCGGGCUCUCUGGAGAAAGACGCCUGGGCCAUUCGCUACUUUGUGUCUCAGGGCUUUGAGCUCUUUGUAGCUCAGUCGUUCUCCAAGAACUUUGGCCUCUACAACGAGAGAGUUGGCAACUUGACGGUGGUGGCGCGAGAUGGCGACAACCUGGGCCGUAUUUUGUCUCAGAUGGAGAAGAUCGUGAGGACCACCUGGUCCAAUCCGCCUUCGCAAGGGGCUCGCAUUGUCAGCAAGACCCUCAAUUGCCCCAAACUCUUCGCAGAAUGGCAAUCUAACGUGAAGACAAUGGCUGACCGAGUGCUUCUCAUGCGGGACCAGCUGCAGUCCAAGCUGCAGGCCCUAGGGACCCCCGGAACCUGGAAUCACAUCACCCAGCAGAUCGGGAUGUUCAGUUUUACCGGACUCAACCCCAAACAGGUGGCGUUCAUGAUCAAAGAAAAGCACGUGUACCUGAUGGCGAGCGGUCGCAUCAACAUGUGCGGCCUCACCUCCAAGAACCUGGACUACGUGGCACAGUCCAUCCAUGACGCCGUCACCCAAGUCCAAUGA